CAUCAUAUCUUGCAUAUCGUCGCACAAGUGGGGCGAGCACGCGCUUCACAGAGAAGGACUUUGCCCUGCAGGAAUUUGAUACGCUGUCAUUGACACUCUCAUGUCGUUUCAUCGAGCUUUAGCGGGCUCCUCCAGGGUUCCUGGUCGUCCAGCAGCUCGGAUAUUGCUCCAACGGACUUAUGCUUCUGCCAAAGCUACAGCUGGAAAAUGCCACGAGGCUACUCAUCCAGACGAGUGUCCUCCAGAGACGGCUGACCUCAUGGAGUCCCACUCUCGUUACCUUCUCAACACCUACGCUCGACCACCGUUAAUGUUUGAUCGUGGAUCCGGCCUCUCUCUUUGGGACACAUCAGGUCGGGAGUAUCUCGACUUCUCAGCAGGGAUCGCCGUCACAGGGCUAGGCCAUUCAGAUGAAGGUUUCAAUAAGGUCUUGGCGGAGCAAAGCGCCAAAGUAUCACACAUCAGCAAUCUAUACUGGAAUAAGUACGCAGGUGAACUGGCGAAAGACCUAGUCGAAGCGACUCGCAAACAUGGAGGUCUGGGAUUGAGCAAGGAAGGAGGUGACGGAGCAAAGGUUUUCUUUGCAAAUUCUGGGGCAGAAGCCAAUGAGGGAGCGCUCAAGUUUGCGAGAAAGUACGGGAAGGAUGCCGCUGCCGCCGUGGCGGUAUCAGGCAAGGACAAGGCACUGGACAAGAGUGGUAUUGUCUGCUUCACCAACGCCUUCCAUGGUCGAACGAUGGGAGCCAUCUCAUGUACUCCGAAUCCGAAAUAUCAGGCGCCUUUCGCGCCCCUGAUACCAAAUAUCAGAGUUGGUCAAUACAAUGAUAUGGACGAGAAACGGAUGCUUGAAUUGGUGGAUGAGAGUGUCUGCGGAGUCAUUGUCGAGCCAAUCCAGGGGGAAGGAGGAGUCGGUACAGGCAAAGUGGAAUGGCUAGAGAUGCUCGGAAAGAGAUGUCGAAAAGUUGGAGCGGUCCUGAUCUUCGAUGAGAUCCAAUGCGGAAUGUUCAGGACAGGCGAGAUGUGGCGACACUCUUCAUUCCCCAAAGACGCUCAGCCAGACAUGGUUACCACUGCUAAAGCCUUGGGCAAUGGUUUUCCUAUCGGAGCUAUCCUCGUCCGAGACCACGUUGCCGAAGUUAUUUCGAUCGGAUCUCACGGCACAACUUUUGGAGGACAGCCCUUGGCAGUCCGAAUGGGACACUACGUCUUCUCGAGACUAUCGGAGCCGUCUUUCGUCAAAUCAGUCAACGAGACUGCGGCGCAUCUCGACUCACUCCUGGAGGGUCUAUCCAAGUCCUUCUCCUCACUCAUUACGGAUGAAAAGAGGGGCAAAGGCUUCAUUCGCGGUAUCGCCUUCAAGGAUGAGAGUCAUCCUGCAGAGCUUGUUCGACUGGCCAGAGAGCGAGGUUUAUUGCUGUUGACAGCUGGUAAAGAUGCAGUUCGAUUGGUUCCCGCCCUGAUCGUGACGAAGGAGCAAUGCGACAAGGCCGUGGCCAUUAUGGAGAGUUGCUUGAGCAUUAUGCAGGAAAAGAGCACAAGCAAGGCGAAAUAGAAUAGACAGGACACGACAUGGAGUGACGAGUGAUCAUAAAUGCAUUGUAUCAUGAUA